GGGUGCUGUACACAUGUAGAAGUAUAUAUGCUUAUAUACAUAUUUAUGUUAUACAUACUCAUAGCUAUACGCCAUUAUCUUAAUUUUCUGAAUCUAUUAGCUAAUUAUUUACCCCACCCAACAGGAGUAUAUAUUGAUUGUAUUGAUUUUCCUGUGUACAUAUACACAAGUAAUGUAGUUCCCUAUUUAAUCAUUUUCUCAGCUCGAAACAGCCUACUAAAAUUUAAAAAAAUUUUAUCAUUCAGAAUUGUCCUUAUUAUGGAACUUUUACAAAAACCCGUGACCACUGCGUUUCCCUUAAAACGUCCACGCUUACGUCCACCCUCUCACCCUUCCUUGACCCUGCAGUUCACCACGUUCGUAAAAUUCCUCCGAGUCAUGGGCCGAUGUCCAUUAACUAUUCAGCCACAUUCACGCCAAGGUCGACAAGUCGAAUACGCCUUCAAAUGGCUCAACCUCCCAUUUCUCUUCUCCUUAAGUUCUGCCCUCUUCAUCAGUACGAUUUGCAUAGUGUCCCUCUUGCAAAAUGGGACCAUGGGGUUCCAAUUAUUUUCUGCGAGUGAAAUAUUUCCACAUCCACGUCAGCUAAACGAUUAUCCGGAGUCGAUCAAAAUUCUACAAAAUUCCCCACUCACCAACACAAUCGUGAUAUCGUUCGAGGUCAUUUCCAUAAUCCAUAUCAUAAUCGACUACGUAAUCGCGUGGGUGAAAGCGCCCGAUUUGGCGAAAUGGCUGAAUCGAUGGAACUCCAUUGAAGACGAAAUUGAAGAAUGGUGUGGAAUUAGUAACAACAAGAAGAAACCUAGUAUUUCAAAAUUUCAGUACAACCUGUCCUUAUAUUACGUGAUUUUACCAUCACUGUUCUUUGGAACUCUGAUUGCAUCGUGGGAGUUCGAUUUGCAGUAUCCAAUUCAUUGCAUAGUUUUAAUGGCGUAUUCGUACUCGGGUGUGAUCUGCUAUGGGUUGGAGGAUACGAAAGCUAUCAUCAUGUUUAAGUGGGUGGAGGUGGGGUUCGAAACGAUUCUAGUUCACCUCACAUCAAACCCAACCACUAUCAUAAACACGUCAAAAUUGGAACACAUUCUGACCAAAAUUCGUUCUCAAGCGCAUCACUGCGGGAGAUAUUUGGCAUUUCAGCAAUUGCUUUUAAUUUUGGUGACCAUUUAUUUUUCUGCGUCUUCCCUGUUUGCAAUUGUCACUAUUUUAAGUGGACCGGUUGGAGAUUCAAGAGCGGAAAUAAUGCAGGCUAUGAUGAUCAGUUUCAGUGCCACGAUGAAUAUUACGAAGUUAUAUUUUAAAAUUUCUGUCGCCGUCUGGAUUUCAAAGAUGGAAAAACGUGUCGCCGUGGAAAUCAAGAUGGCUGAACUUGGAAACCAAUUGCAUAAUUCGUUGGAACAAAGGGUGCAGCUUAAAAGGAUCCACGACAUGUUGAUCAACCACCCGACCGAGAUUUCCUUGAAUGAUUAUGUAAAGUUGAAUAAUCAAUUGAUUUUAGGGGUUUUUCAACAAGUCUUUACACAAUUUAUCGUUUUCAUGCAGUUUCACAAAGCAUGAAAAUGUUAACAUUGUUCAAUGCUGAGUGAGACUCUUAUUUGGUGAGCAAAGAACAGAGAUGAAGAAACAACUUUUGGGAAUUGUUAAUUUUAAGAAACAUGUAAUUGCAUAAUAUUUCUAAAAAUGAAACGUUACGUUUCAAAUUAAAAUUUCAUUUCAUUAAACCAU